UCUCUCUCUCCAUGGAUCUAGGCAAUCAUGAACAAAAAGAUUCUAUAAACAAGAACUUAAAGGAGAAAUUGACGGUCUUUUCUGGAAAUUCUGAAACCAAACCAUUGAUUUUCACAUUUGUCCCAACCAUACGAAGACUGCCCACUCAGUCUCAAGUUUCUGAUGCCUCUAAAUGCCUUGUUAAAAUUGGUGAAGAACCAAGAGAUAAGGGCCCAGGAACAUCUAAUUCCAAUAAAUUCUCAGAUCACCUGACUUUUAAAAGUGGAAUCCGACAAGAGAGUGAUAUUCAGACAUACGCCUGUUCUACAGAAACCAGACAAAAGAUUUUCCAAGAGAAAGGACCUAAAUUGAAUCAACCAGAAACAAUGCAGCAGAGUGACCUUUUCAAAGCAGAAUAUGUCUUUAUUGUGGACUCUGAAGGGGAAGAAGAAGCCAUAGGCAGAAAAGAGGAUAAACAGCUCCCUGUGGGGAAUGGUCAUGGGUUGGCAAGACCCAAGACCCUAGCUAUAGCCCCAGGGCCUGUCAUUGCAUUGCAAAAAUCACAUCAUGGGGAUUUCCAAGUUCCAGGACAAUCUGAACUUCCUCAAGAUGCAGCCAAUCAACAAAAGCAAAUACAGUUAACUUCUCUCUCUACUACCUCUGAUCAACUCUCCUGUAAAUCACCUGCUCUCUUUGUUUCACCAACUAAUCUGAAAGCACAAUCUGACAUGGUUAACCUGCACCAAGCCUCUCUCCUCGAAGAAUUCCAUACUAAGAGGGUGGAUCCACGUGGGUCAACCAUGCAAGAGACUUCAACAUAUUAUGAAGGGACCAUUUACUCUUCUCCUUGUUUUGCACCAGAGCAAACCAGCUCAGAGAUAAAAAGCACUCAGAUCUUAGAUUCUAAACAGCUAAAAUAUAUCUCCAACCCAACCUUAGCUCACCAAAAGUCUGAAUUAAGGUCAGAAACUUUAAGUAAGAGUCCAACUCCCCCAUUGCAUCCUCACAGUUCAAGUGCAAGUCAGAGCUUCACUACUCAGGUACUAUCCUCAACUACUGCCAAGUCAGAUUCAUCAUCAUAUAUACCUGUUCGUAUCAUCACACAUUCAUUAUCCCCAAGUCCUAAACCAUUGAAUUCUACUUUUUAUGGGUCCUCUUCAACUUUAUGUAGCCAAGCUUCAUCUAGUGGAAAUCUUGCAAAAUCAGGAGUUAAGUCCCCAGUACCAACUCGGCUUUCCCUUUUGACUGCUAUUUUGAAGUCAAACCCUGCUCAUGGGAGACCCUUUUCUCCUGCAUCCUGUCCCACCUUCUCUUCCAACUCCCUAACUUCAUCCACUCUCACACUAGAUCAAAAGAUGAAGAGAACCCCACCUACUCCUAAGAAAUCUUACUCUAGUUUCUCCCUUAGGGAAGAAUCUCCAGAUCUAGGUGAACACCAGCCUUCUGAACUUCCCUAUCAAUCAGUUCACUCUCAUUUUUUCACCAAGAUUAGUCCUGCCUCUCAAGAAGCUCCCCUUUCCCAAAGAAAACCCUUAAGUGUCAGUUCACCAUCUCCUAAAUUAGGGAGAGCUCCUUCACCUCCUGUUUCUCCUAAGAUUAUGAUCCCACCACAAUUACAAUGCAAAAUAGUGAACUCAUCAACCCUACCUCCUAUUCCACCAUGUAUUUCUGCUGCUUCCUUUAAUAAAGGCAAUCAUGAAGCUGACUUCAAAGGUCCAGCUCCUGAAAAGCCCAAGCGAUUUCAUACAUACUCAUCUACUUCAUCCUCUUCUACCUUAAGUUCUGUUUCUGAUCCUGUCAGUCAAAGAAACACUCUUUCUUUUCCAAAUGAAUAUUCUUUCCCAAUUACUCCCUUAAAUCCAACAUGUCAUUUGAAAGCAUCUUCAUCACAAUUAUUAACUAAGGAGAAGAAUUUCAUAUCUGCUACUUCUCCAAGCAUUUCUAUUCCAAGCUCUCUUUCUCAUCCUAAUUUGAGGCCCUCCCUUCCUCCUGCUGAUACUAUUAAUUCCCAUAGAGUCCAGCAGAUUUCAUCCCUGCACCCAAAAUAUCAGGUGAAUACCUUACCCAUAAGACCUACAGUGUCGACUGAAGCAACAGUAACACAUAGUAGAUCCCCUGUUUCAAGCCCAGUACCUCCCAUAUCCCUAACAACAAUCAAGGAAUCAACUUCACCACAACCUUUGCUCUUGUCGUCAGACCCUGAGAGUAAGAAAACAAAGCAAUACAAGAUCAAGUCCAGCUACAAGGCCUUUGCAGCAAUCCCUACAAACACAAUACUUUUGGAACAGAAGGCACUAGAUGAACCUGCCAAGUCAGAAAGGAUCACCAAGGACAGCACAUUAGACUCGCAUCUGGAGUUGUGUUCUCCCGCACAGCUCAGGCAGCAAACUGAAGAGCUCUGUGCUGCCAUUGAUAAGGUCUUACAGGAAUCCUUGUCCAUGCUUCCUUCAGAUUCUCCUUCAAGUUCCAUACAGACAUCAUUGGGUUCUGAUGGAAACAAAAUGCCUGCAACUCUUCCAAGAGCAGCUGGUCGAGAAACAAAAUAUGCAAAUCUCACUUCCCCAUCAUCUACAGUGGCCAUGAGUCAACUGACAAAACCUGGAGUAAUUCGACCAGUUUCAGUAAAAUCUAAAAUAUUAUUGAGGAAAGAAGAGGAGGAGACAUAUGAGCCAAACCCUUUCAGUAAAUACUUGGAAGAAAACAGUGGCCUCUUUUCUGGGCAGAGAUCUGCACUACCUCCCCUCCCCGCCAAGCUCUCCCCGUUUGAUACUCAACACUGAUGGCAAUGUGGGUGAAACUCAGCUUUCGACCUAAUGAUGCAUCAAGCUGUAUUGCACCUGUGACCUUCUUGUUCCCUUCCCUGGGUCAUACCUAUGAUAGUCUGUGGGUCACUGGGCUCCUUUUUGGUGAAACCAUCAAGACUUUCCCUUCCCUCUUUGAUGCUCUACAUUGAAAUGUCAUUUUUUUUUUUACAUUUGAUUUUUCAAUUGAAAUGCUUUGUUCAGUUUUGUCAUAAUUGUGUGUGUCUUUGCUUUUAAACUUGCUAACUUUUGUUAAAAGUAUGAAUUUUUUGGGAGAAGGUUUAAAAGAUUUUUUAAAAAUCUGGACAUUAUUGAAGGUGGUUUUUGGUUUAAUUUUAUAGGAAAAGGAAUUGAGCUCUCAUCUGUCUCCAUUUCAUUGGCAAAGAUAAGCUUGAUGAGCUGACUUCUCAAAAUUUUAUAUGUAGUGUUUUAUUUACAAUGUAGGAAGUUUUAUUAAAAAAAUUAGGUAGUGUUAGAUAUUUAACAAUGAUUUUGGAUUGUAGAUUUAGAUUUGAAAGUCACAUUAGAGAUUAUCUAAUCUAAUACCCUCAUUUUGCAAAUGAGGAAACUGAAGCUCAAAGAGGUAAAGUUACAUGGGUAAUGAGUGGAAGAGGUCAGAUUUGAAUCUAAGUCCCCUAUUUCUAUUAUACUACUUCUUUGUUAAGAAAGUAAACUAGUUUCCUAUCUUUCCCUUUUUUGUUUCAAGACAAAUUAAUUUAUGUUUUUUUUUUUUUUGGGGGGGGGAGGCAAUUGGAGUUAAGUGAUUUGCUCAGGGUUACACAGCUGGUAAAUGUUUGAGGCCAAAUUUGAAUUCAGAUACUCCUGAAUCCAGGUCAAUGCUCUAUUCACUGCACCACUUAGCGACCUUGACAAGUUUAUUUUUAAACUUAAUUUUUAUAGUUUAUAAUUAAAAAAAAUUAGAUUGACUUUCCUCUUUUCUAUAUAAAAUAGAUUAGUUGGCAUGUUGUGGUGUUAGUUCUAGAGUGGAUUGCUCUAUAUUGUAAAGGAAAUUCUCCCUUUCUCUCUUCAAUAGUUAUUGAUGUAGGCAAAAAUUUUGAUGUCACUUCUCUGAAUUAAAAAAGUAAUGCUCUGAGAUUUUGGGUCGUGAUGACCAUUAUUUGAGUAUUCACAAAUAAAAACUUUCUUAAAUUUGCAAAAUCCAUUUAUGUAAGGAGAUUCUAAUUGGAUAUUUGUGAAGCCAUAGUGCUUGUGUCCUUCCAAUUCUGGAAGGACAUAUACUUUUCAUAUACUUUUCUUUCUUUUUUUCUGCUAAGGGAGUUUUUCUGUUACCAUAUUUUUCAAGAUCAUAGUGAACCUGUAUGCACUAAUUCCAAAGAAAUUAUUCAAUAAAUCUAUAGUUUCUUGUUAUUUUAUUAGCAAGGAUAGGGACUAUAAGCAAUUAUUUGAAUUGAGUGAUUUCAAAUGUUUAAAAUCUGUAUUCAUUCAGAAAUAGUAUAGUUUAAAUAUAAUGUACAAGUAAGGGAACAUUUUACUUGGGCUCUAAUUCAUUAUUGUUCCUAAUCAAAACAUUGUUUUUGGAAUAAAUGAAGGUUAGAUAAUGUUUUAUGAAUAAAUAAGAAACCAGGGAAUCAUCUAUAUGGUUUAAGGACUUUGACAAUGUAAAAGAUGUAAUAUAGAGUGAAGUAUAAUGAGAAAAGGAUUUAGCAACAAAUGGUAUGAAUUGAAUUUUGGAUAAUCACCACUAUGAUGCCUAUAAAUAAUGAGUAUUUUCUCAAGUAGAAAGUCAGGCGGCACUAGACACAAGCACAGAAUAAUGCCACAAAAAACAAACUAUCAAUGAACAGAAAGCAACUAGCUUCCAAUGUAUGUGUGGUGGGGUCAUUUCCAAAUUAACUGCCUGUGUACAAUUAGAUCAUUAAAAAUUAAAUUCAAUGAUGAAUCAGAAAAAAACCCAUAGAAAAUAGUGUGCAAUGAAAUUAAUCUUUUCUGACCCACUGAAAUAAACUAUUGAUUUUAAAAUAGGAUUAUAUGAAAAGAACAGCAAUUGAUGUAGAACAUUUCCAUUUUCUUAGGAAGUUUAGUCAAUUGCAACAAUACAGAAAAUGGCUUUUGGUCAGCAAAAGUUAGAUUAUUUUACCAAAAUGAAAGUUGUGACAAGCAAAAACAAUAAUAGUUUAGAAUGUGAACUUAUAAACUCUUACAAAGGAGGAUGGCAGAAUGCUAUGAAAAAUAUCUCACUAGAUAGUGAAAAACAAGGGAAGGAAAAUUAAUUUUACACAAAAAUUAAUCAGAAACCUAGUGAAAUCAAUGUAUCUAAACAGCAUUUUUGAAAAGAAAUCAUGAAAAAAAAGAUGACAUAUAAGUGAAAAGGAAGUAUGCAAAGGUCAUAGUGGUAAACUCUUAAACUGCUCUAGUAGAUAUUGAGCUAAAAAGUACUGUACCUGAAUAUUUCCUUGGACCCUCACUAGUCAUGUCACUCUGAAAAAUUAACUUUUUACCCUGUCUAAUCCAUAAUUUCAUUAUCCACAAUAAUAGCAUUUUCCUCCCAAGGUUGUUGUGAGAAUAAAAUGUAUGUCACUGUGAGCUAUUAUUAUUUUUUAAUAUUAUUAUCAAUGAUAAAGAGUAACCACAAUUAGAUUUUAACAUCAUAGUCCCUCACAUGUUACUUGAGGAGGCAGGAAAAAAAUGCACUAAAGAUAGAAAAAGAAACUGGAAGAGAUACUAGGUAGAUUAUACAUGCUUGAGAUAUCAUAAUUUUGCAGGAUUGCUUUUCAAGAGAUGGGGAAAAAAUAAACAAGUAUUCAUUAGACAUUUUCUGUUUGACAGGCAUUGGUGAAGGCACUGGGAAUACAAAUUUUCAAGUGAAAUAAUUCUGCCUUUAAGGAGCUUACUUUCUGAUAGAGACAAUAUAAGUUGGGAUGUGGUACACCAAUACAUGUGGAGGUGUUGGAGUUGGCCAUGUAAUGGAAUUUUAUAAAAGUCAUUAAACAAUAAGCACUUCUUUUCCAGAAGCAAGUAUACCAUUGUUUGAUAAAUAUUUCCAGAACAAGAGAUGGACCAUAUAGGUCUAGGGAGUAGGGACUGUUGUUACAUGUAGGACAUGUGUUGUGUUGUGUUGUGCUGUUGCACACAACAAAAGAAAAGAGAUGCAUAGAUGGAUAGGUAGGAUACAAGAUAAAGUUGGGAUUGAUUAGAUACAAUGGGUUUAACUGAAUUUGAAAUUGCUGUUUCCACCUAUGAUAUUUACCUCAAAUAGUAUUCUAUUUAUUAAUAGAUUUACUCCAAUGGAGGGUAGAAGUGGGGUGUCAUCUCUAAAAGUGUAAUAUUUAGGAUGCUAUUCCAGGAAGCAAUGACAGUGGGAGUGGUUUGGCAUAUAGCAAAAUGUCUAGUGUGUAGGAUUUGAUGACAUGAACAAAAAUGGUUAUUAAACAUUUGGAAAAUAAUUAUAGACACUGCUUCCGAAAAAAGAUGAUUGAGAAAUUGUUAAUGAAUGUGGAUCCAUGUUCAACUUUCCUAUCGCUAGAAUACAAAUAUCAUGAAUAUUCUGGAUGAAGAUAGGAGAAGGAAAAAGGCAGACUUUGCAAAUGACAUUCUACAGAAGAUCAUAUACACGCACAUAUAUAUUUAAAAUCAACAGUAUACUGUACCAAGGACAAUAAAAGGUCUUACUGUCCCUAUUUUUAUGAACAAUUCCUUAAAGGGUACAGUAACAGAGAUGACUUUGCUUGACAACAUCUCUGCUUAGAAAUGUCAAGUGGAUCAGAAAACAGAUCUAUACUGGCCAAAGCUCUUUUCAAUCAUUUUGAAUGAUGUUUACUGAAGAGUCCAAAUAGAAGGAGAGUUUCUUAAAGGUGAUAAAGUUCUCUAGAUGCUUCUGUUUCUGCUUAGCUGUUUGGAGAAGCUGUUUGCAUCAAACCCUGAUAUAUCACUUAAAAGUAUGACUAAAGAAAAUACAUUAUUCAUAGAAUACAGUUGAAUGAUUAAUCCACAGAAAUGAUCGUGCAUUACAUAUUAUGUCUUAGAUAAACUGUAAAAGAAUAGUGAACUUACCUAAAAUUGAUCAAAAAGUGAUGGCAAGCUAAGUUGCUUUUGGAAAAACUUGUUAACAUUUUAAUGACCUCAAAUUUCCUUUUUUGGGGGGAUUGCAUACCAAAUUAUACCACAUAUAUACCACAUAUACACUCCUACUUUUAAAGUCAUCCUUUAUGUGCUAUAUACAUGUUUUUUGGCAUUGGAUCCUUUGGUAAUGUAAUUGUUCCUCACACUUUCUUAGUGUUUUCUUUCUUAGUAUUUCUUGAUUUUCUUUUUGUUUCCCCAGAUCACUAGGUUUACUGAAAGUUUUACCACAUAUACUUCAGCCCAAGUGAAAUCUCAUGACAAUAAAUGAGAAGAGAAAUAGAAAAUGGUGACAAAGCACAUGUGCAUAUUAAAUUUAAGGGAUAGAUAUUACCUAGUUAUUAUUGAAUUAAUUAUUAUUGGACUAUUGUAAGACUUUGGAUGACUUGGAGAAAAAAUAAUUGAAGGAUGUUCUUUUUUUUUUUUUUUAUUAGUAGCAGUUAAGUGACACAGUAGAUAGAGUGGAUGGUCUGGAACCAGAACUAGUUUUUCUGAGUUCAAAUCUAUUUUCAAAUACUGUUAGCUAUGUGAUUCUGGGCAAAUCACUUUGCCCAGUUUAACUCAGUUUCCUCAUUUGUAAAAUAAAUUGGAGAAGGAAAUGGCAAUCCACUUCAGUAUCUUUGCCAAGAAAACUUCAAAUACAAACAUGGAGUUGGACACAACUAAACAAGAAAUACUUUUUAUUAUGAUAGUAAUAAGGUUUGUGCCUUACAACAAGUUUCCUGUUAUAUGAUGGUCAUGAUUAAUACUUUUCAUCUUAUUCUUAGCCAUGCUUGGUACUUAUUUUCACCUCUAGAUUAUCAGUUUUGGAUUUUGUUUAUUUUUCCCCUUGCUUCCCCCAAACAUUCCAUAGCUGAAAUUGAAAAAAAAAGAAUUGUUACAAAUAUGUGUUCUAUUUUCCUAAUUGCUUCCACUGUUUUCUCUAUAAGCAAUGGUAUGUUUAUCAAAUAUAAGGAUGCUCUAUGAUUUCAGGAGUUCCGACUUGGUUUCACAGCACAUGCUAUCUUACUCUGGAUUUCUUUUGAAUCCUGUGAAUAUAUUUUGUUAAACCACUAGAACACAUUAAUACUUCUCCUAAGGGUUUCUUUUCUUUGUGCAUUUUCCACACAUUUUGUAAGGCAGGAAAUACUUUUCAAGAUUGUCUGAUAACAGUGUUAUAAAAAGAGAAAUUAAAGAUACAUCAAGUGUCUUUAAGCUGAAAUAAAAUGUUGACUUUUGCUAUGAGGGAAAUUAUUAAUUGUACAUCUCUCUUGUGUUCUUGGCUUCAUCCCUGGCAAACAUUGCUUUUUGUUCUUCUCUGCUGUUAAAAGUUCAGACAGUUCCAUGAGUUUGAUUCAUUUCCUUCUUUAACAUAAAGUUCUGAUGAUGAUUCUUACAAGAGAUUUUUUGAAUAUAUUUUGCUCUUUUGUCUCUCUGAGUUGUUGUGUUUCUAACUGCCUGGCUGUGAACUAGAAAAAAAAAAUCACUGCAGAAUGAUGGUGGGUUGAUUUAAAUUCCUUGUCUGAGACAGAUGUAAAUUUAAAGAAUACCACCUCAGGAUAUUAAAAACUUCAAGAUGGUUAUUUUAAAAUAAAAAUGAAACUUUUUAGUCAUCACAGGCAAUCCAAAUCCUCACUGCAGAUACUUUGGUGAUAAAGAAUUUUGUUACUUGGUGCAAUUUGUGAUGGUGCAGUAUGAUGAACAUCAAACAUGUACACGAUCUACUCAGAUUUGAAAGUAAUAAAAAUAUCUAUUUCAUUUUUGAA